AUGCCAUGGGCAUCGAUAGAAACGCAAAAAAUCUUUGUGUACCUUACUACAACCCAGAUCUUUUCAGAAUAUAAGCCAAUAUUGCAGGACGUCGGAGAUGACAUUAUUUUGUUGUUUAGCGGUAGCGGUCCAUUUGACACAAAGUUCGUAAGCAGGUCCACAGCUCCAAAAAUCGGUAAGCAGUAG